UUCAGCACGAAGCAGCUGCACCUGUUCUUCACCGCAUCCCUUCACACUGUCCUCCGGCAUCUUACAACACCCGUCACAUCGCUGUUUAAUCGUGUUUAUCAUGCUGGGAACCGUAUUAAAACAACUGAAAAGCCACCCGGCUUUGAUUCCUUUGUUUGUGUUCAUUGGUGGUGGAGCGGGCAUGUCUGUGCUUUACCUGUGCCGUCUCGCUUUAAAGAAUCCUGACUGCUCAUGGGAUCGCAAGAACAACCCAGAGCCUUGGAACAAACUGGGGCCAAAUGACCAGUAUAAGCUCUUCACUGUCAACAUGGACUACUCUAAACUGGAGAAGGACCGACCCGACUUUUAAACAAAGCCUCUGUUAAACAAUGUGUUUUCUUUACUAAAGGUUUAUUCAGUACAUCAGACAGACUUCAGAAAUGUCUGAAACAUCUGAAUCUCCAUUUUCACAGAUGGCUCCUUUGAAAACACAUACAGCUACAAAGAUAUACAAAUAUUAUUUAUAGUAUAUAGAAAUAUUAUUUUUAACACUAUUUACACAUCUCAAAGAAAAUGACCCCUUCAUGAAUGUCUGUACAAAUCUUCCUGUUAUCUGAAUAAAGAAAAUAGCAGCAAUAAUAUGA